CGGGGUGGGUGGCGGUGGCCCCGCGGAGCUCCGGCAGCCGGCUCGCACGGUGACCUUGCCCGCGGGGGGCGCGGGCAUCUCCUCUGCGCGGCCUCCCCGCGUGCCCGGGCGGCCGCGCCGCGCCGCGCCCCUCCCGCUGCCGCUGCCGCUGGCGGGCCGGGAGCGCCUUCGGGGCCGCGGAGCCGCGUCCGGAGCGGGGCUGGGCCGGGACCUGCAGCGGAGCUCGGGCCUCGCCCCUUCCUGCAAGCCUCACAAAAACCUGCGGGGACACCGACCGUGCUCCCCAAUUUGAUCAAACCACCGGGGUUUCUGAGGAUUAGCCGAGCCAGCGAGCCUCCUGAGCGCUGUCCGCUCCCUCCCUCCCCAUCUCGGCGCCCACCGCUGCUCUUCCUGCGAGCUAAGGAAGAACAGUUUUGCUUUUGGUAGAGUGUGCUAGUUGAAAACAUGUUGGCCACCAAGCUGUCCCGCCCUCUCUUGAACUUCUCUGUGAAAGUCCUGAAUUUCAAGGACCCAGGGAAUGGCUUUAGGCCCGUGCAAAGAUUUUCCUUCCCUCUCUUGUCGCCCUGUGGCAGCCGCUCUUAUGCGAACGAAGUCGAGCAGAUUGGCAGCAGAGCUGUGCUUAUAACAGGCUGUGACUCAGGAUUUGGAUUUGACUUGGCCAAGCACCUGCAUGACAAAGGUUUCAUUAUUUAUGCUGGCUGCCUGCAAAAGGACAAGGGACAGGGUGGCUCCAAGGAGCUGGAUGCCAUGAAGAGUGAUCGAAUGAGAACUGUCCAGCUCAACGUCUGUGACAGCAAGGAAAUGGACCGGGCAGUGGAGCACGUGCAAAACAGCCUCGAGGACCCAGAGAAAGGUGGGUGUGUGCAGUGGGCUCUGGGGCAGCAGAGGGGCCAGGAGCUUCCUUGGCUGGGCUCUGAGAGCACUGUCAGGGCGUAUUUCAAAAGCUGAGCAUGUGAGUGGAGG